AGGUCUACAUUUGGCCCCUCUUCCCAUCCUCUUUUCCUCUCAGGAAACACAUCCUGUUGCUGGCCGACUGCGGCGGCCAAUAUGUUUGUUGCACACGAGAGAGAGGACUUUAGCGAACGCCCCCUGGGCUCCAGACAAAAGAAUACACAACAGUGACGUCUAAGAGGGGGGUCUUUUGGACAUUCUCUCACACAAACACACUGACACACACACCCACACAUUUAAAGUGAUCAUGAAGAAGGGGGGGGCUGUCUGUUUAAAGCUUGCUACAGUUGUGAGCUGAUGUCUCGGACUAUGACGAACAGCAACUCCCCCACAUUUCAACUCUGACCUCAAGGAUUUUUGCAGAGAAACAGUGAGCGAGGGAGAGAGGGAAAGACAGAAAGAAGCAGAGGGAGGUGUGUUUUAAAGGACUUCUUGUUCCAGUCAGGCAGUGGGGGCUCUUCUAGUUGAGACACAGUCUUGGUAAGCCUCAGUAAAGCCACUGACGAGUCAGCUCGGAGAAUCUAUGCUUAUUUGCAACUGUACUCUUCUGAAGACAAUGUGAAGUGGCUGCAGGGGAAAAAAGAAAGAAAAAAACAAUCUACUGCCUAAACAGAGAAGCCAGCUGCACACACAGAAGUCAGACCAGUGCAAUAAGCAUCGCACUGAAGAAGGAAAAGAGCAAGAAAAUCAAGCGAGGAGCAAGAUCCAAGAGUCAAGCUGCAGCCAGCCGGAGCCAGUGGAAUGGACCUCGGUGCAAGUUGGAUUAAUCCCCGCGUACCCGAAGUGCUGUCUGAGGAGGAGGGCUGAGGAUCGGCUGCAACGACAACCAACUCCUGAAUGAGGAUGAAUGGAGAUGUUCUUUAGCUAAGCCUCAAGACAACACUCUUGCACAUUCCACCUCUGUGAGAGCUGGGGACAACACCAGCUAACAGCUGGAGGAGGAGGAGGUGGAGAGGAGCCAGGGGGCCCAGAGCACUGCUGGUGCUGCUGCCCCAGAGGAGAGGCACGGGAGCGGGCAGGACACCGCAGAGGAUCAGGGGUCGGUGGACGGACACGAGGGAGGGGAAGAGGUGGCGGGCGCCCGGCCGCGCAUGGCCGUGCAGAGGCUGGUGGCGGCAGCGGUGGCGGUAGCCCUGCUGUCCCUGGUCCUUAACAAUGUCGCAGCCUUCACCCCCAGCUGGGUCCUGCAGGCCCUGGAGGACGGACGCAAGCGGAGCGUGGGACUAUGGUGGUUUUGCCCCGCUGGUGGGGAAAGAGGCCGCGAUGAUCUCCAGGCUGGGAGACGGGGGCAGGGGACACAGAGGCAGUGCGAAGGCCUGGGAUGGGGAUCUGAUUACGCAGGCUACCAAGAAUCCCGCAGCACUGUCAAAUUGCAGUUUGACAUGAUGCGGGCGUGUAACCUGAUGGCGACGUUGGCCCUGACUGCCGGUCAGCUGAUCUUCCUUCUAGGCCUAAUGGAGCUGCCCUUCAUCACGCAAGAAUCCCAGUGGUGGGAGGAGGCCAUCGCUGCGCUCUUCCAGCUAGCCAGUUUUGUGCUGGUGAUUGGACUGGUGACCUUUUACAGGAUCGGGCCCUACACACACCUGUCCUACUCCUGCUACUUGGACAUAGCCGCUUGCCUGCUGGCCACGAUGGCCGCGGCCAUGCUCAUCUGGAACAUUUUACACCGCCGCGAUGACUGCCUUGCACCUCGAGUUAUAAUCAUCAGUCGCUCACUGGCAUCACCUUUCCACCCACGCCUAGACAACGACUAUGUGGAGUCGCCUUGUUGAUGUCAUAAGCCAAGCAAAUAAAGGAGUAAUAGACGACACUGACAAGGCUGUACUCUCAACUAUUCAGCUAUGUGACUCUCAAGAGAAGAUCCCUGUGGCUCUACAACAGCUGGACUAACAUUUACCUGCAAUUGUAAAACUCUAUAUUUCACAACUUCUCCCACCAUAAACAAAGAUAUCAGAAUUAUUUUGCUGCUUAGUGCACAAAUUUAACUAAACUUAAUGUAUAAAGCAGCCCUAAACUUCCAAACAUAUUCAAAACUGUAUGAAGUGUCAUUUAUUCAUGCUUUGGUGAGCUAAUUUGUAGCUAAAUAUGGAAUUUGGACGAGGAAUGUCUUGUAUGAAUCAUCCUGCUUCUGAAAAGAUCAAGCUGGAACUUGACCUGUUUUAUUAUAUUAUAUGUGCGCUUAUUAAAUGGCCUCCUGCAUCAUUAUAAAUUGGAAAAAUUAUGAAAAAGAUGUUGAAAAUGCAAUACCAGAAUACCUCAUAUUUGUUUUCAUCCAUUUAAAGCUCAUUACAAUUUUAAUACAUAUUAAUGUUAAUGAUAUAUUUUGCAAGUAAGUAGGUAAACUAACAUGGUUUUUGAUUGGGCUAAACCAAAUCAGUGAUAAUAUUUCAUUUUAAAACAGCCAAUGAGAGGUGAUAUUUUGAUCAAAUAAACAUGAACCUACUGAAAUGAGAGAAUAUUCUCACUCUCUCUAAAUCAGUCAUUGUAAAAUAUUAUUAUUAAAUAAAAAAGACAAAUGACCUGCCAAUUAAUGCAUAGAAGUGAUUUGGAUUAUUUUUUAAGCAGUAUUUGUUAAAUUGAUGGUAACAAAUGUUUUGCCGACGUACUGCAUUUUGAAAUGACAUACACAUUUCAAUGCUCAUUUUUCAUGAUGCCUUCCAUACAAAACUCUGCUAGCUUGUGGUACAUACUGUAUACUUAAAUUAAUAUAACAGAGUUGUGUAAAGAACAGUGCUAUCAGUAGUAGUAGUUAUUAUUGUGACCACAUCAUACUUCUGCAAAGAACUCCAGGCUAACUGUGGGCCAAACAUAGGGGCACAUUAAAAUAAUAAUAUAUCAUACAAAUUCAAUAAAUUUAUUGGUAAAUAUUCAAA